CGGCCCCUUGGGAAAAUCUUUACAAUAGUAUAAAUGGCUGCACAUCUCGUGCGUAAAAUUAGAAGGAUAGUUGAAUUUAGAGCCGAUCUACAACAAUGGAGUUCAGUUUAUUGAUUUUUCUGAUCCUUUCAUGCUCCCUUUGUUACGUUUUUGCGUUGUCACCGAAACAAGAGGUGUGUCUUCUUCAAGUAGACGAGGGGCCUUGCAGAGGAGAUAGCCAGCGUUACUACUACAAUACUAUCACUCAACAAUGUGAGGUGUUCAGCUAUGGAGGCUGCCAAGGGAAUGGCAACAACUUCAUGAGUUUUAUGGAAUGUAAGAAAGCAUGUUUUAGGAUACCAAAGAUCCCCCAGAUCUGCAGGUUCCAGAAGGAGGAGGGUCCCUGCCGUGCCAUGCACUGGCGCUACUUCUUCAACAUGACCACCAUGCAGUGUGAGCAGUUUGUCUACGGCGGCUGUCAGGGCAACGAGAACCGCUUCCAGAACCAGAUGUCUUGCAUGGAGUACUGUAGACCACACAAAACUACUCCUGUGCUCUGCCUGGAUCCCCUGGAUAAAGGAGGGUGUGCUGCAUCUAUACCGCGCUACUACUACAACUCAGCCUCCAGGAUGUGUGAGCAGUUCAUCUAUUCAGGUUGUGGAGGAAGCAGCAACAACUUUAUAUCCAGACAAAGCUGCAUGGACGUCUGUGCUAAAGCUGGGAAACCAUGGAAACCCAGAAGAACAGGCAUGAAGAGAACAACCACCAAAAAACGCAUUAGAAUAAAGUCUAAUAACGAUGUUAACUGUGAUGCACUGUUGAAAAUAGCAUCCAACCACUCGAAUGGGAAUCAACCUACACCAGCAGUAUUUUUGCUGUGUACCUUUCUCAAGACGRUGUAUUGUAGAAUACAUUUACCAUGGCAGCUAUCAUACAAUAUAGCAUUUCAUUUUUGUUAGCAAAAUAAUGAAUGUAUUUUUAGUAUUUUGUGUUUUUAACAUAGUAUAUUUCAACAAAAACCUUUGGUUAGCUUUAUAUGAAGUUUUCGCACAAUGGCAUAUUUUGKAUAUAAUUUAACUUUGUCUGGAUAGUCUUGUUAUUAAGCAGGAAUAAGAACUGAAUGUGUAUCAAUACUUAUUCUGUAUUUGUUCUUAACUGACUUGCCUAGUUACAUUUUUAAAAAUUACAUCUUUAUUUUCCUCUGGAUCCUCUUUGGUCAGAUAUGCUUGCAUCAUCACCUUGUCCCUUCUCAUCUGGGUUUCCAGGUGAUAGCACAGCCACAAGGUCAAAAUUGGCUAUUAUCAUACAAAUUUAUGAGAACAAAAAUGCCCUUUUUGGUCUUAAUUUAAGGUUAGGGAUAGUCAUAAGGUUAGCAGUGUGGUUAGUGGUAGGUUUAAUAUCACAUUU